AUGAUGUUCACCAAGACUUUCGGCCUGGCUGCUGCCUUUGCUACUCUGGCCUCUGCCCUUCCUUCCGGCAUGAUGGUCAAGCGCAAUGACACCCAGCCCGCCAGUGGAACUGUCCUGAUCACCAACAACCUGGCUCAGGACGUCUACGCCUGGUCCGUCUCUGAUGAUGUCGGUCCCAUGCAGACCCUCUCUGCCAACGGUGGUACCUACACCGAGGCCUGGAGAGCCAACCCCAAUGGCGGUGGUAUUUCUAUCAAGCUUGCCACGAAUCCCGACCAAUCCGACGUGCUCCAAUUCGAGUAUACGGAGAGCGCCGACACCAUCUACUGGGAUCUGUCCUGCAUCAACAUGGAGGCCAACUCCGAGUUCACCCAGUACGGUUUCUCCGUCCUUCCCUCCGACAGCGGGAACUCGAGUGAUUGCCCUUCUGCCGUCUGCAAGGCCGGUGACAGCGCCUGUGCCGCUGCCUACCUCCAGCCUACUGAUGAUCAUGCCACCCACGGCUGCCCCAUCGAUACCGGCCUGGCUCUGACUAUUGGCCAGUAA